AUGGCGAAAUACAGCGGGGAUCCAGGUCAGAUCAACAUUAAAGCUGUGAUUGGAGAGAACAAGAUUCUACCAUGUAGAGCUGAGAAUGGAUCCAUCAGAUUGGUAGAGUGGAACAGGACAGAUAUAAAGGAAGGAAAUGUUCUACGGUACAGAAAUGAUGCUGUGGAUAAAGGAGACCAGCAUCCAUCUUUUAAGGACAGAGUGGUUUUCCAGGACAGAGAGAUGAAGGAUGGAGACGUGUCUUUGGUUCUCAUUAAUGUGAAGAUGAAUGAUGCUGGAACAUAUGAGGCUGAGGUUGAUUAUGAUGGAACACACGAUGAGAAGAAACUCUGCUCCAUCCACCUGGAUGUAGCUCCUCCUCCUCCUCCAGAUCAGAUCAACAUUAAAGCUGCGAUUGGAGAGAACCUGAUUCUACCAUGUAGAGCUGAGAAUGGAAGCAUCAGAUUUGUAGAGUGGAAGAGGGCGGAUAUAGAGGAGGAAAAUGUUCUACGGUACAGAGGACAAGUUGAUGCAGGAAAACAGCAUCAAUCUUUUAAGGACAGAGUGGUUUUCCAGGACAGAGAGAUGAAGGAUGGAGACGUGUCUUUGGUUCUCAUUAAUGUGACGAUGAAUGAUGCUGGAACAUAUGAGGCUGAGGUUGAUUAUGAGGGAACAAACAGAGAGAAGAAACUCUGCUCCAUCCACCUGGAUGUAGCUCCUCCUCCUUCUCCUCCUCCUCCUUCAGUAACAGCAAUGCAGGUGAGAGGGCAGCUGAGGAGGCUGAAACAGAGGAAGGCCUCAGGACCAGGCCUCCCCCCCAGGCUGCUGAGGACCUGUGCACAUGAGCUCUGUCAGGUCCUCAGCUACAUGUACAACCUGAGCCUCAGCCUGGGGGUGGUCCCCACCCUGUGGAAGACCUCAUGUGUGGUUCCGGUUCCCAAAACGCCACACGCCAUGGAUCCGGCCCACUUCAGAGCAGUCACCCUGACAUCCCACCUGAUGAAGACCAUGGAGUGCCUCGUCCUCGCCCACCUCCGCACCGUGGUGAGCCCCACCCUGGACCCGCAGCAGUUCGCCUACCGGCCCAACAUCGCAGUAGCUGACGCCAUCAUCUACCUGCUGCAGCGGGCGCUCACCUGGAGACCACUGGGAGCGCUGUGA